AUGGAUAUGGAGACCCUACGUGCCGCAGCCGCUCCACCCUUCCACUAUGGCCAUGGCCAUUAUCACGAUUACGCCGGCGCUGGCGAUGGCAUGCUGGCAACCGUUGCCGAAGAACGUCCUCCUCCGCGGCAACGGCCUACCAAGCCGCAGGAACAGGAACAGGAACAGGAACACGGCGAGGACAGCGACUAUGACCCGGAGCAAGGCGAGCAUCUUCGCUCGCCGAAGAGGCAACGCACUGGCUACGGCUGCGUACAUUGCAACAUGACAUUUACCGAGAAACGUGCGCUUGCACGACACAAGAAGACUGAUCACCACCGACGACAGCUGGGAUUGCCACCGGACAGGAAACACGCCUGCGCUAUGUGUGGCAAGCAUUUUACCCGUGGCCAUGACCUCAAACGACAUCAAAACGAGCAGCAUUCUGAGCAAAAUACCGCCACUGCUACCGAAAUGUCGUCUGGAAGCUCUGAGUACAGCAAUGCAUCGACGUAUGUGGAAGACCGCACUUCGCAGUCAUCAUCUGCAACAGGAAGCUCGACAUUGGCAGCCAUAGCAGAAGCUGCUCCUCUCUCCAGCACCUAUCCGUUCUCCGAUGCUUCUACAUACGCAUAUGGAGACCAGGACGACGAUCUUCGCAGUCAUGGCAAGAGCUUCAGCAUGAGCCCUGAUUCAUCCAGCAGCAAUGGUCGUCGAAACUCUUCACAGCCCGAGAUCAAGCAGGAGCACAAACAAAAACAUGAUUCGUCUAGUCCAAACACCUCACCAAUGACUGGAACCCUUGGAGAGGGAAGCCCUGGUUUUAAGAGGGAAAAGUUCAAACCUAAGAAAGACGACCUCGACGAACUCCCGCCAUUCACGCCCGAAGCAUCGCCAUUGAAAGCAUCUGCUCUCGGGAAACGGAUGCCCAUUCAACCCCGUGACAUAGAUGCUUGGCAGCCCAUGAUUUGCAUGAUCUGCGGUAAUGCAUUCGAAGAAGAGGCUGAAGACUUGAUCAAGCAUCUUCGGUGGCACCUGGACAACUUCAAGGGCAAGCACAAAUGCAAGGACUGCAGAAUCGAUUUCACACACGCCGCAGAUUUGGAAAGACACUUGCAAAGCGCGGCGGAAGGACACUGCGGUUUCAAUUUCCCUCAUGAAUGUACAGGUCACCAUCCUCCAGGAGACAGGACUGGCACGCUUACCGACUACGAUCGAGUGCGACUUUUCGUUCACUUGCAAAAUUGGGAGCAGGCUCAACUACAUGCAUACAUUGCCGAGAUCAACGAGCUGACCAUCUCGAGGCGGAUAGGCAACAUAGCACGUGAUCGCUGGUCAGAAGUGAUUCGGAGGUCACGCCCUAACUCGUUCUGCAGCUUCGCCAUCAGCGUCAACACUUACGCCACAGCUCCAUGCGAUGUGACAGAUGGCAAGCUGGAUCUCGGUGGACUCCAGAAACGUCUUCAAUCGAUGUCUCUAGGCAAACCUGGCUCACGACUACUUCGCCGUAUAACUCCCUCCUCAGAUGAUCUUCGCUCCACCAAGACCGUCGACAAGACGUUAUUACGAGCGGUGCGACAUGGCGAUCUACUUAAAGCUCAACGUCAGAUUGACCUUGGUGGCGACGUCAGCAUCAUCCAUGAAGACCAAGGUCCGUUCACGACAGUUGCACUAUGGGGACAUGGGUACAUAUCUCGCCGCAUGGCCGAACACCGAGUCGAUGAAGACAUCAUGGGCAGCUGCUCUGUAUGCCACAUGAACAGCCAAACGUUCAGUAGACCCUACAACAAGGUCAAGUCGCUAUUGAAACACGGCGCCAACUCCAACGAGCCUGGCGGACUUUGCGGCUACCCGCUCCACACAGCAGCAUGGAUGGGCAAAGCGGAUAUCGUUGCUAUCCUGAUCGAACACGGAGCAGACAUGAAUCUGGACGGUAAAUACGGCGAUACAUUAUGUUCCGUCGCCGCUGCAGUCGGAUACCCCGGCCAUGUAGAAGUCGUGCAGCUACUCAUCGACAUCGGCGCCGACGUCCGUUGCACAGGACCUCGGGGAAGCGCUAUUGAUCUGGCCAAAGAAAGACGGAGACACUGGUCAUUACGGUUGAAAGAAUCCAAAGAUGACGAAGAAGGGGAGAUGAUGAGCAGGAUUUCGUGCUGUGAUCAGGUCAUCUGCGCAUUGCAAGGUGCCAGCGCGACAGCGGAUGUGAGGAACAUGGCGAGGAAAUCGAAAGCUAGCAGAAAGAGCAUGGAGUCGUAUCGUCGUGCGAAUGUGGCGCAAGGUGUUUACAGUUAUGGCUAA